UAUAACUCUAGUGACUAGAGUCAUAUAUUUCUGAAUAUUAGACUAGAGUGUAGUCUAAUAUUCAGAUCAAUACUAAUCAGUCAGUAACACGCAUGCCCUCUUAAGUUACCAGUGAGAAAACAAACAGAUCUGACUGCGGUCGACGUUCAUUUCCUGUUGGUUAACAACCCAAAAAGCAGAUGUCACGAAUAGAAGAAGGCUGCGGUGCACCCGCCCAUGUCAUGUUUCCUUUACUGAACCUCAUGAGACUGAAGGCAUCGCAGCCUCGCGUGCCACUCAGUGGAAAAUGAGGCUCCUGAGGGUCUUUGGUGUCAUGUAUGCUGCUGCUAUUUGUGUGGCUCAAGAUCCUCUGGAUGUCACCUCCAUGGACAUAUGGCCUACCAGUGGAUCAUCAAAUGCGACCGAGUCGAUCUAUGUCACCUCCAUGUUCAGCGACAUUUUCCCAACCAGCCAACUUUCAACUGAAAGCCAGACAAUCUAUGAGCCUCCUGUCCCAUCAUUGCACUUGCAGUCACCCUGGGUUGAGAUCUUCCCCUUCGAGAAAGCCGAGUUUCUGUGUUUAAUCAAUGACAGCUCUGACUGGAACGUCACCUGGUACAAAUCGGACAGUCAAGUACAAGAAACAGACCCAAAUUUGUCUUUCAGUAUGUCGCAAGGAGUAGUGCUGACCAUCACCGCAGCAUCGCCAGCACAAUCUGGGUUCUAUGUGUGUCAAGGUCAUCACACAGUAAAGGGCAAUACGAACUACAGUAAUCCGCUUGAACUGAAAGUCGAUGCAAACAAGCCCAAAGCAACUCUGACGCACAAUCCAAAGUGGGAACACAUGUACCCAGGAGAAUCUGUCACUUUUCAGUGCAUGAUUCCCAGAUCUCAAGGUUGGGAGUAUGAGUGGUUCCGCAAUGACACGAAAAUCCUAGAAUCUAACAUUACUUAUAGAAUAGAUUCUUUAACACUAUCUGACACUGGGCGGUACCACUGCAAAGCCAAGAGAGGAAAAAGUCAUUUUUACACGGAACAAAGUGAAACCGCAACCCUGCAGGUCUAUGAACCACCAACACCAACUCUGAGGCUUGUGACUUCCUGGUCAGAUGUGUUUGAAAAUGAGACAGUGGAGCUAUCUUGUAAUAUGGACAGCUCUAAUUGGACAUUCAUCUGGCAAAAACAUGGAAUGGAACUCCAAGGAGACUCUGUGCUGAAGCUGAGAGCAAGAGGAUCUCGUCUCAAAAUAACCUCAGCUUCUCAAGCUCACCAAGGAGAAUAUUCUUGCAAAGCACAACUGAAGUCCAGGAAAGUCACCUCCGUAUUCAGCAACACUGCAAUUGUUCAUGUUCAUGGAACUCCCCCUAAGCCAUCACUUAGCAAGGAUCCUAUUUUGAACUCUAUGUAUGUUGGAGAAAACACCACAUUCACCUGCAAAGUGGAUGUGGCAACCGGCUGGGUAUACCAGUGGUACAAAGACGGAACGACACUUAUUGUCACAGACGAGACCCUUCAAAUCACACACCUUGGUCCUCAUGAUGCAGGGACAUACCAGUGCAAGGCUACCAGAGGCCAAAGAACAUCCACGUACAUUAGUGAGAAGAUGACUCAAGAUGUUCUUGAAAUUCCCGUUCCGUCAAUGGUGGUAAGCACCCAAUGGGCAGAUGUUUUCCCCACGGAGCGUGUGACAUUGAGCUGUGCAAUUGAGACAAGCUCUGACUGGACGUAUAAAUGGCAAAAAGACGGUCAGGUGAUCCAGAGCAACAUGUCUUUUACGUUGGAUGGAACUACUCUGUCCAUUGACUCUGCUUCAGACUUUCAUGGAGGAAUUUACAGCUGCUCAGGAACACUGAACAGCAGGCCUGUCAGCAGCAACCUUUCUUCUGGAGUACCAAUCAGUGUCUACGGCAAGAAACCCAAAGUCAUCCUGGUGCAGGACCCUGCUGAUACAUUACUACACACUGGAGAUUCUGUCUCCUAUAGCUGUCACAUCAAUGUCUCCUCUGGAUGGGAGUAUCGGUGGUACAAAGAUGCUGCUCCACUUACUGUUUCUGGAAAUAACUACACCAUAAUUCCACUGGCCUUGGGAAACACUGGAUCAUAUAAAUGCCAAGCAAUCAGAGGGCGAAGCACUGCUAUCUUUGAGACUGAACAAAGUCUGACUUUAAGUCUUCAAGUUGAAGAACGUCCAUUGGCAAAUAUAAUUGUCUUGACCGGCUGGUCCGAGGUCUUUUCCACUGAUAGUCUCGUGCUCCAGUGUGAGGUCAUAGGAAGCAGGGACACCUGGAACUACACAUGGUUUGUCAAGGGACAACAGAUCACAAACUCAUCUUCUGAAAAACACACAGUCACACCCCAAAAUGACCCAGAGCAGAGUCAAUACGCUUGUCAGGGGAUUCGCAUCGGGAGACCCUAUUACUCCACAAAAAGUGAUGCCCUGACGACUAAGAACCUUUUGUUGAAGAGGCGGGUGCUUCUCUCUAUAUCUGGCUGCAUCUUCUUUGGCAUCGUCGCUGUUUUUUUGGGCUGCUUUGUUCUCAAAGUCACCAGGAAACCAGAGGACAAUGAAGGGAGACCGGAUGAGCCCGAGCUCUUCCUCACCAUGGCUCAGCUAAAGGAACGUGUUGAUGCUCCUUGUCUAUUGGUUGAUUACAUCACAGAUGCACAAUUGAACAAUCCAGCAAAAGAGAGUGAGGACAUUAUCUGCAGUGAAACAACACAGUUACCUGUAAUCUCACAGCAAGACCAAGCAGUAACGACAGAGAGCACUGAUAAAGCAGCGGAGGGUGGUGCUCUUGUUUCUUUUCAACACUGAGCCACCAAACUUGAAUGCAUUUGAACACAUGUAUCAGGAAAUGUGUGCGGAACUACACAAACAAAUGGCAAAUUGCUCGGUCUCCAUUCAAAGGUCACAAUAUUUCACUGUUGGCGGUGGAAAGGAAAAUUCAACCCAAACAGUUUGUUGACUCUGCAAAGAACAUGAAUUUCUUAAAAUUGUACAAUUGCAUAUUCUUUUUUUUUAAUUGAAACAUGACAUUACUGCAUAGAUUAAUUUGCUUGUUACAAUUAAAGCAUUCCAUA